AUGGAGGACGCAGAGGCGCGCCGCUCUCGCCUGCGCAGCAUGCGCGAGUCCGCGGCGAAGCAGCAGGCGGCGUCCCCCGGCGCACCCACGCCUUCCGCCGCCCUCUCCGCACUCCCCUCCCCCGACUUCUCUCCGCCGCUUAUCCGUACGCAUCCGCGCGUGCACCAUCCGGGGAAGGCGGACCUGGGGGAGGUAGAUCUGCUAGACGGCCAGCAGGAGCAGCCACCACAGGCUCGGGGAAUUUCUCACAGGCCUCAUGUGGAGAUCACGAGCAUGGAGGUGAAAGCCCAGCUGCUGGUGGUGGAGGGGAGAUGUCCCAUGAAGCAUCGCCACAUCUCUUAA